CGGAGCGCAGGGCGGCCGGCGGCUCCCGGCUUCGGCUCCAGCUCCGGCUCUGGGCCCUGCACCUGUGACACUCGGUGGCGCUUGCCCUCCCACCCGGCGCCCGCAGCCCAUGGCUCCAUCUCGCCUGCAGCUCGGCCUCCGCGCCGCCUACUCCGGCCUCAGUUCAGUGGCUGGCUUCUCCAUCUUCCUCGUCUGGACGGUGGUCUACAGCCAGCCUGGGACAGCGGCUAUGGGGGGACUCGCAGGUGUGCUGGCGCUGUGGGUCCUGGUGACACACGUGAUGUACAUGCAGGAUUACUGGAGGACCUGGCUAAAGGGGUUGCGUGGCUUCUUCUUCGUGGGUGUCUUCUUUUCAACUGUCUCCAUCGCCACCUUCUGCACCUUCCUCGUGCUGGCCAUCACCAGACACCAGAGCCUCACAGACCCCAACAGCUACUACCUGUCCUGCGUCUGGAGCUUCAUUGCCUUCAAGUGGGCCUUCCUGCUCAGCCUCUACGCUCACCGCUACCGGGCUGACUUUGCUGACCUCAGCAUCCUCAGCGAUUUCUGACCCAGGGGUUGAAGUCUCUGUACCCUGGGGUCCUCAGGACCUGGACUCAGUCUCUUGAGACAUCUGGUGGGCCUGCACCACAUCCUAGGGACCCCAGAACUAUGGCAGAAAAUACACAGCAGAAGGACCUUAGUCUCCGGGAAAGCUGACCCAUUCCCUCUGGAGAGACCUGGAUGCGGUGGGAAGGGGUCCUGCCAUGUCGCUCCUCAACAACCUGGCUGGAGGGCAGCUUUUCAAAUGGAUCUAUUUCCUUAGCACUCAGUGAGGAAUCUUUGUAAGCAGGGCCAGACAGCAGGUGGUUUGGUCCAUUGUCCCAAGGACUCUCCCUCAGGCCGGGGUGGGAACCUGGAGAGGUCGGGUCAAGUAAGGGGUCUCUGGUAGAAACCUCUCAACUCCUAACUCUGGCACCCCAUCCUGUUGUUCCCCUAAGGGGAGUGGGGACUUGAGUGGAGAGUUUGGUGUCCCUGUUCUACCCAGAGCUGGUCUCCCAUGAGUGUGCCAGAGCCGGUCAUCUUCCCGCCUGAAAUGGUCCCUCUUACAUGUACCAUACUCCCCAGAGCAGGACUCUCCAAACCAGGCCAUGCUAAGGGUCAUGAGGAAGGUGCUCUUGUCUCCUGAAGGGCUUCGGGGGCGGGGGCAGCAUGGAAGGGCCCCACACCUGUGCCCACACACCCCCAGUUCUGCAUUUCCACUCUACUCACACCUACCCAUCACACCCAGAUCACCCAGACAACCCUCACCAUGAUACCCCCACUUCUGCCCCUUAUCACUACCCUUCAUCUAGAGCUUAUAUCUUUUAAAAUUUCCCUUCUGAAGGAUAAAAUCUGCUCUCUGCCCAUACACUGGCCCAAGGGCUCGCCUGACUCUGAAGGGGCUACUGGUACAUGUAUCUUUUUAUGUUAGGUUGCCAUUUUGCAUGGUCUACCCCUUUCCCACCUGUGUCCAGCCUCUCAUCUCUUUGCCUUAUCUGUGUCACUGUCACUUUAGCAGAAAUACAGCGGCCAUUUUAUCAGA